AUGGUGUCUCUUGAUGGCCAACCGUCGCCAGGACUAACGAAUACCUUUGGAACUCAAAUGCGAGAGGAGUGCUUCACUUUCUCUGAGGGUUAUCGACCACUUAAUCAUGGUUCAUUUGGGACUUUCCCAAAAGAGGUUCGGGAUUACCAAAGGCAAUUGCAGGACGAGAGCGAAGCGCGGCCAGACACAUUUAUACGUUAUACCUACCUCAAGCUUCUCAAAGAGAGCAAGAUAGCUGUUGCAUCGCUCCUAGGAGCGGAUCCCGGCGAAGUUGUGCUUGUUCAGAACGCAACCACUGGAGUCAAUACUGUGCUUCGCAACGUGGAUUUUCAACCCAGCGAUACAAUCCUUCACUUCGGAACCAUCUAUGGUGCUUGCUCUAAGACGAUUCAAUCACUGUCAGAAGACCGUCCGCUCUCAUCAUACGCAAUUGACAUAACGUAUCCAAUCGACGAUGAUGAGAUUCUGUGGCGGUUCCGAAGUGCAAUUGACGAGGUCAAGAGUCAGGGAAAGACGCCGAGACUCGCUAUGUUCGACACAGUUCUCACAUUCCCCGGAGCCCGAUUUCCUUUCGAAAGGCUAGUGGCGACCUGCAAAGAGCUUGGGAUUUUGAGUUUCAUCGAUGGAGCUCAUGGUGUCGGUCACAUCGAUCUGACUCACCUCGGUGAUGUUAGUCCGGACUUCUUUAUCAGCAACUGCUACAAGUGGUUGAUGGUCCCGAGGGGAUGUGCCGUCCUAUAUGUCCCGUUCCGGAACCAACACAUGAUCUCCUCGACAGUGCCCACAUCAUGGGGCUACGAGAUCAAAGAGGAGAGAGACAAGAUGGAUCAUCGAGCCUAUUUCUCCAGACUGUUUGACAAGAUAUCCACCACAGACAACACGCCUUACUGCUGUAUACCCAAAGCACUCGACUUUCGGAAUCGAGUCUGUGGUGGCGAAGCAAAGCUUCGCGAGUACUGCGAGGACCUUGCGCUUCGAGGCGGUGACAGAAUGGCAAAGAUUCUCGGCACAGAAGUCCUAGGCGCUUCUUCAGCAUCAUUUCGGCGGUGCUGCUUCGUCAAUGUUCAGCUUCCUCUAUCUCUAAAGGAACUCGACGUCGACGCAUCAUCAGGACUAGGCAUCGCGAAAUGGAUGCAAGAACUAACGCCAGCUGAGUAUGAGACUUACAUCCCCAUUAAGUUCUACGCAGGCGGCUUUUGGUGUAGGAUCAGUGGUCAGGUGUACUUGACGGUGGAAGAUUUCGAGUGGGCGGCAGAGACUUUGCUCCUAAUCUGCAAGCGGGCAAAGGCCGGGGAGUGGAAAUGA